CGAACGAAGAGGGUUGGUCGAGUUCUGGGCCGGUGGGAAAUAGUAUUAAUCCGUCGCUGGACGCAGAAACAAAAGGCCGGCCCUCCGCGUCGGCGCGAUCAUCCCAGUAUGAAACUAUAUCCUCGUCCCCGAAUCGACAUCAGAUUCGAUGCGAUGGACUGACUGCCAUUCGGUCGCGAGAUCAUGUUUGCUGAGUCCUGCUCGUCGCCGUCGGCCUUCGGCGCUAACCCUUUCGAAAUUCUCCCCGCCCAGGUAAUUUUAGCCUGUAAAACCUUGCCUGCUGUUCGCGCGUCUUCCGUCCUUCAACUCUCUCCCUCCUCCAUCAUCCGGAGCAUCGCUCCACCAUCCACCCCCGGUCUUCCCUGGCGCUUUCAUCCCCUCCACCCACGAUGAACUCCCGCGAGCACGCCGAUCUGCCUCCGGCCCCUUCCUACCCCUCCCCCAACGCGGCGCAGAUGGGCCAGGGCGCCAUGCAGUACUACAACCGACAGCUGACUGCCGACGAACUUCUGUCCGCCGAGCUGUCGCGUGAAACCUCUGGCCCCGGCCUCGCGGAUGGCUCCAGCAAUGGAGUCCACCAUGGUCAGUCGAUGGUCCUGGGCUCCUCCAACCCUGGUGGUGCUGAUAUGGGCCGCCCGUCGUCUCCCGACCAGCACCAACAACAGCACAUGCUCCAAUUCACCCCCAGCCAGCAAGUAGGCGUCGACCCCAAUCACGACUUGAGUUAUGGAGACCAGAGUGCUAGGCGGAAGAGAUCCAAGAUUUCCAGGGCUUGCGAUGAAUGCAGGCGCAAGAAGGUUCGCUGCGAUGCGAGCUCUGAAUCAGGUGUUGAGACUUGUUCCAACUGUCGCCGGCUUGGUGUCGUCUGCCAAUUCAGUCGCGUGCCCAUGAAGCGUGGUCCGAGCAAAGGUUACAUAAAAGAGCUUGCCGAGCGACUACAUACCCUCGAAAGUCAGAUGCAACCUGCUAUGGUCCAUCCCGACAUGCCUUACCAGCCGAUGAACGAAGUCUCUUCUCCAAGGGCCUACCAGGACUUUUCGCCACCAAUGGAUGCUGGUCCAAUUGGUCGCAAGAGGACGUACUCGGUAUUCGAAGGGCUUCCCAGCUCAUCAUUUGCGCAGGCACCGUUCAACCCUCGCUCUCAAAACGCGUUUGAAGCGGCAGAGAGCUCGACAGACCCCUGCAAUCCAUCGGUUGUGAACCACUCCGCACCUAAGCCUGGGAACCUUUUCUGGUCAACGGGAAAUGAAACUGAGCUGCCGCCUGGCCUCGAAAUACCCGAAGUACCUAAACAAGCUUUGGAUGAGGAUAUGACGCCCUUGGAUGUGGACGAGAGUGCUCUUAAUGCUUAUUAUCAAAAGAUCCACCCGGUACUCCCUAUCUUGCCACACUCCAAAGAACGUCUCCUCGAGCUUCUACACCAAUGCAGUCGCGAGGUGCAGGAGAUAUUCUCUUACAGUCUCUUCACUGUGACACGUACCAAUAUGGACCGUGUCACAGGGAUCUUUGAAAGAGUUACCUCGUUCGAUAACGCGCAGGAUCUUCUCUUGUACUAUACCCGACAGCCUGCUCUGGUACGUCCAGCAGGAGUGAACUUAAUCUGGCUUCAGACCCUCCUUCUCAUGAUCCUCGACUGCGAUUCACGAGGGCCCGACAACUUCGUGAUGAAAGAUGGCGUACCCAAGCACAGCCUCAUCCACUCUGCUACCAAGCUUGGCUCCGACAUGGCUAAGGCCCUCGGUCAGUUAAAGACCAAGAGAUCGUCAGAUCCAGAUGUCGACUCCGACGCCAACCUUGUGAGACGCAGUUGGGUGUCUUUGGCCAUCCUGACUCGCUGGUAUUCGAUUAGCGUUGCUGAUCCUAGUGUUUUGGGCACAUUUGAGAUUGGUGGACGUGAGGAUGAAAGAGUCCUUGGUUCCUCCACCGCGGGAAUUGGCUCUUACUCCACAUUCCUCGUUGAGAUGGUUACACUCGCCGCGCAAGAGCAUAACGUCUGUCAGACAAACACAGGGCUGGGCCGUAUGAUCGCAGCGAACUUGGUCGCAUCACUCGAGCGUCUCGCUGAGAUAGGAGAUUUCCGCAAGCCUCAUGAACACGCAGAGGACGGUACACCCUAUGGCUUCUUCGAUAGUCUACAGAACCAAUUGUACUGGACCGUCCGGUUGUUGGUCAAACGCCACAUCUUUGUCUACAGUCCUUACGAAAUUAUCUACGCCGCCGAAGAGGUCAUUAACGAGCUGCACAAGGCGAGCAUGCAGUCCCGACUGUCCACACCGUUUGAUCUGCAUAGUUUGGCGUUGGCGUCCAUGACUCUUCUCGAGGCCACUGUCCUUCCCGAACACGCGAACCAAUGCUGGGAGGCACUGAAGAAGGUCGAAGAGAUCCUAGACUGGCGCUCCAAGCGGACCGCCGAGUCAGGCGAGUUUGGUGACAUCUUCGGCACUCCAGGCUGGGAUGCGAAAAUCCGCGUCUUCCUGGAAUGGAGACGAACGAAGGCACAAGAACACCAAUUGCAGGACCCCAAUCUCGGCAAGAGCGGUUCUGCUGCUCCGCCAGUGAUGGGACCCAAUGAGCAGCGCUCCCUCCAACACCUGGCUGAUCUGGCCGUGGGUGCUGAGGGCCAGGUGGCCGCCAACGCCUCUUCGCCGCCCCCUGCCAUGUCCUCGGCCGAACAUAACAUGAAUGCCACUUCACCAAACCUCGCCUCGCAACCACACGGUCACAUGGUGGUUGACUUCACUCUGCUCACCAAGGAAGGUUAUCUGAAUGUGUUCUCCGGGUUGAUCUACCGUCGGUCUCGGUAAACUCGCGUACACUGAGAUUGUAUGAGUGUAUUCUUCGUAAUGGUUUCUUUGGAAAAUUGAAUCUGUUUUUUGAGCUCGAAUUUCUCUUCUCAUAUAUCCCCAGAAAAGAACCUUAUUAAGGUUAUCCACUUCUUAAUGACUGUCUUUUCGUGACUAGCGUAUUACUUUUUAGGGCCUGUCUAUCUUUACUCUUUUCACUAAAUGGAUAUUUUGGUAGUUUCCUUUUAUAUCAUCCUGGGGAUAAUCGCUGACAAUUGAGCUAUGCGUCAGCUUC